CACUAACAAGGGGGCGGCUGGGAGGCGUUAGUUAAUAAUAACAAUUUCCUAUACUACACAUUGUGCGGGCACAAAGUGUACGCGAACCCAAAACCGAAAGUGCAACGCUGCUUUAUGAAAAGAAAGCUACGCGGAAACCAUAACAUAUUGCGCAUUCCACGACACAGGAGCAGCAGCACGAGAACAGCAUAGCAAAAGUUUGUUGUCGCUGCGACAGGAGAGUUGGCGUUGGCGAUGGCCACAGCACCGCGCUCACUGGAUACCAUCUCACUGUGCUCGACCGUCUCCAGCUGCCCGGAUCGCAAUGGCUUCUACGGCGGCUUCCAGCGCACAGAUAAACCCCAAGAGCCCCUUUCCAAGGCCCAGAUCAUAGCUCGCGAGAAAAAAUGGCUGUACAUGAUCGACAAUUGGUCCGUCUACAUGUCGAAGAACUACAAAAAGAUUCGUGAUCGAUGUCGCAAGGGCAUACCCAAGUCCGUGAGGCCCAAGGCCUGGUUCUAUUUAUCCGGAGCAUAUCUCCUCAAAAAGAAGAAUCCAAAUGUCUACGAAGAGCUGCUGGAGAAGCCCGGCAACCCGGCGACCAUUGAGGAGAUCAAGAAGGACAAACACCGUCAGUUUCCCUUCCACGAAAUGUUUCUCGAUGAACAGAAGGUCGGUCAAAUAGAGCUCUUCAACGUUCUGAAGGCCUACUCGAUAUACAACCCUAAGGUUGGAUUUUGUCAAGCGCAGGCACCGAUAGCUGCUUUCCUAUUGAUGCACCUGCCAGCAGAGGACGCCUUUUGGGUGUUUGUGAGCGUGUGUGAUGUUUACCUGCAGGAUUACUUCAUACCUGGCCUGGAGGUUAUACAGAACGAUGCGGGCAUACUGGAGGGUCUGCUGAAGAAGACAUGCCCGCCCGUGUAUCGCCAUCUGCAGAAGCACAAAGUAGAGCCGCUGCUUUACAUGACCGACUGGUUUCUCUGUGGCAUGACUCGCACCCUGCCUUGGGAGACGCUGCUGCGCGUGUGGGACUGCUUUCUGGCCGAGGGCAUUCGGGUAAUCUUCAAGGUAGCCCUGGUCAUAAUCGGCGCCUCGCUUAGUCGGCACAAGGUGCGCAAGACCUGCACUGGCCUCUGCGAGACCCUGGCUGUGAUGCGCUCCCCGCCGGAACAAAUCCUGGAGGAGGAGUUCAUCAUCAACAACAUGAUGCGACUCAACCUGCGCGUGGAAGACUUUCAAAUAGAGCACACGCGGCAGAAGGCGCGCCGGGCCAAGCAGAAGGCCCAGCAGGAUGGGAUAGCGAACGAUUCGGGGCCCAGCAACGGUCGGCGCAACAUGCCAACGCUGUGAGGUGUCAGGAUCACGGGGCCAAGCAAGCACCUAGAAUAAUAAUCACCACAACUAUUACUACAGCAAUGGGCAGCAACAAAUUGUUACUAAACACACACAAUGCAUAUUAUGCAUGGAUUUUUUACAUCUAAUGUCGAAUAGGAAGAGCGUCGUGCACAAAGUAGAUGUAGAUAAUUGAGAGAGGGGAGUGAUGGAGAAGUGGCCGGAGAUUGACCAGGAUGUCGGUCAAUUACGGAGACAUCAUUCCAUGCAAUCAGUUUGUCUAAUUUUAAGCCAAUUUGUUAAUUCGUAUCUUUUUUGGUAUUCGUAUUAUUAUCAUUUAGUUGCAAAUUUUACGAGUGUGCAAUUGUUUAUGCUUUUCAAAAGUAUAUAUUAUUACUAUUUAUUAUUAUUAGCGUUAGAGCUCAUUUUGAGGACCCCGUACAUAUCGUAUUAUAAUCGUCACCCACGAGACACAGUCACCACAGUUUCCCAGGCAGCUGACCGUAGCAACGCAAAGAUAAUGGUCCACAUAUGUAUGACCAGUGUGUUUACCCUUCGCGAAAGAAUCAAGUGCAGGAGUAGAGGUGAAUGUUAAUAUUUACCUACGAGAAUACGUUGCAGCUCCACAUUCCAGCAGCCGCAGCCUGCUGCGGCUUGUGGGAGGUUUAGGCAAAAUUUAAAUUAAAUUGUACGACUAAUACAUAUAACAAAAUAUAUAUAUAAACCCUAACACAAUU